UACGACUCUCUGGUGCCAGCUCUCGUUUGUCUUAUGUCUUGCUGUUUCGUCUUCCUGGUCCACCGUUUGUGACCACCCUUCCAGCCAAUCCUAUUUGCUGACGACAUUUCGGGCUGCUCGAGUGGGAAUUCUAGUAUUUCCUUGGUUUCCCUUCAGUUUUUUGUUGUUGCUGUUGCUUUUGCCGAGCUUUCCAUCCGGGGUCAUAAAUAUGUCAUGGGUCGCUUGUUUCGCUACGGGUACGUAACGACACAAUGGGGCUAAGGCCCAGCCAAAACCAUUUCGACCAGUUCGUUGGUGCAAAAAUGGUGCACAACAUAACUUUGGUCCAAAAACGGUUUGAAGAGGGAGAUGAGAGAGAGAAGUAGAGAGAGGACGAGUUGUAGAAACCAAAGGGAUACCCUCCUCUGAUGUCCUGGGAAAUGACAAUGGAGUAUACGGUACACGGUAGCACGCCUAAGGUUGUGACGAGUGUUCCUGGGCUGUGUGGUGAAUAUCUUGCCGCAAACCUUGCUACGCAAACUAUCAAUAAAACGUGUGCGAAAAAGAUUUGUGUGGCUGAAGAUUUUUGAACCGUAGUUUCACCGAAUUCAAUCAAAGGGAACCGUAUUCGGUUUUUGGGUUGAAAGCUUUAAAUAAGUGGGUGAAAAACUUGUCACCACCUUGUAUAAAGUACGUGUUUAUGAUAUUUAUAAACGACCUUAUCAAUGUGAAGUUCAAGAAUAACCUAACUUUGCCCGCUAUUCCCUGAGCCAUCGGAGAACUUCAACUUGAUGGAGCUUUUCCGUCAUGCGUUGCUUCAAUCGCUUUCGAUCUUUCGAUUUCGAGUGAACAGUAAGUAAAACACUCGAUCAAAAUUUAGGUCAGGUACCACGCCGACGGUAGAGCAUAGAUCCCACACACAUACACACGCACACUUAGGGUAGCAUGAUUGACCCUUCGGCUUGAAGUGCUUGCAAAGGCCAGUACGCUCAGUGCACCGGCAGCUUAACUGGCAGCUAGCAGCCCUAGAGCAGUGAUUGGAUUCCUUUUAAGAAAAUCCAGAACCACUUAAGUGUGCACCAGACCUUGAAAGACCUGGGACAAGUGGCGGCACUUGCACAGGGUACGGUAACAUCUUACCGGCGAUCCCGUGUACAAUAUUCAUCCCCCCGGGAGGGGUGGCGUAUGUUUUUAGGAUACCGGCCGCCGACUGUAGUGUGCUCGGUAUCCGAUGUUAUACCCUUCUUCUUGUAGUGUUUUUUUUUUUGUCCAAAGAGCCUGGCUAACGCUAACGAAACGGAUGAGUAUCGGGGGAAUAACAAAAUUAAACUGUAAACCGAGUGUGCCUUCCUGUUUCGGAUCGGUGACACGGCUUUGACAAGGUGCGCCUCUGACGUGUGGUGUUGGUUUAAAUGGGUUUCGAACUCGCUAGAACAUAUCAAGCCACUAGCAUUGGGUUGUAAUUUUCGUUGUGUGUCGAAAAUAAACGUUGGAGCAAGUGGAAGACAUAGUGCUCCAUAGAAUUGGAAGCAAAUAAAACCCCUAGAAACGUUUAGAACCGUCGUGAAGUUAAUCGCCCCGGUCCGCUUAUAGAUGAUACUCGAGGGAAAUCUUAAAUAGGUGCUCGAUCUGUGUGAGCCAGUAAAGAUGCACUGCGGCAGUUGGUGAGGCCACGUUUUAUGACUUCGAAUACCAACCGUGUGGACCGGUUGGUCGGUGGUCAUGCAUUAAUCAUCAGGUGGAAAGUACUUUUGUUGCAGUUCCUAGCACCUCCGGCACUGCACUGCAGUGGGAUAGUCUUUUCACUGCCACUGCGACUGCAUUUUCUCAUUCCACGGUGGGAUAGGGACUUUGCUGUCUCUUUCGCCCGCCCAUGCAGAGCGCUAGUUUAUGCUAGCGGGAAUGUAGCUGGAUGAUCGCCUUUGGCCUCGCGGUAAAUACGGAACGUUGGUGACUGUGGAUAAGAGCGGGAGACACCCGGUAAUUGGUUUGUAAUUGUACGGGAAAGCAAUGGACUUUCUUGUGCGACUGACGGCUUCAGGUCAUCAAUAAUUCAUCUUCAGCACGGUGGACCUCAGUGUGUGUGAGUGCUGGUUCCACAGAGCGUUUGAGAAACUGCACCACCGGCAGACGUCCGGGCGAUCUUCUGUCCCAACGUGUGCCUGUGGGUAGGUUUGUGAGGGCACAGUGACAGGUUUGUGCAAUUCGAUUUCUAGGUUAAUCGAGUAAUUAAUUAAUUGAUUACGAUCGGCCAUCGCGACCAUCGGAGGUGCUGGCUCGCGGAUAGGAGUAGCGCAAUAACGGAACGGUUCUUCAGCGGGGAGAUAACUUCGUCCGGGUGGCUUAUUAUGCACCAUCUCCGGUGGCUAAUUGCUGACCAAAUGCUGCGAACUGCGAACUAGAAAAACAAAAGUUGGAUUUUCCAUUGGCAGCUCCAUAAUUGGCACGGGAGUUGAAUAAUGCUCCGACGGUUGGUGGUGAAAGUGAAUCGCGGAACUAUCGCGCACCCUGGGCUGGUGAUCAAUCGUGGUUAACCCGAUAGUGCCAUAUCGAAAGUGGAAGGUUCUCAUCGGGUGUCUUACCAUCCAGCGGCCUUCAUAUCGCUCGCAUCGAUUGUUCAAUUAUCUAUCCGUUGUGCGUUCCCACCACCCUUCUUGGCUAGCUAGAAGCGGGGAGAUAAAUUUCUAUAACGACUCCAGUAUACGUGCCCGCUCGUUCGCAGAGUACGCAGUUUGUCAGCAGGUUCUCUAUCUCCUUAGGACAGACCUCCCAUACUACGCUUCGCAUCUCGGAAAUGGUAGAUCCGGUCAUAAAAACAAUCAUCAACCAUUAUCAUCGGCACCAUCGCGAAGAAUCGAUGGUUAUACCGGCCCUAUCUUGCCUACUGCUCGAUAAAGAGCGCGAAUAGAAACCAUUUUGCGCGGGACCUGCACAACUUGCCCUAGAACAAUUUAGCCAGUUUUUGGUGUUUUUCUUGAACGGACUCCAUCACGCAGAAAUAGCUCUUGCCAGAUGUCGCAGUUGCCACAUUCAUAAAGAACACAAAGUUAGCGGAUGUGUCAGCAGAACCAUCAUCGGGUUGUAAGAAGGCUCGUUGCUGGAAAGUUUCGGCAGAAGAGUUCAUAAUCUUAACCACUUGAUUUGACCGCGAAAAGUUUGGCCUUUUGUAGGCAUCAUAAAAAAGGAGUGCGUUUCUUCGUGCGGCAUCAUAUUUUAUGACUAGCUCUUCUGGAGCCUUUUUGUCCUUUUUUGUCCGAAAAUACAGCAAUAGUUUCUCGUGCUACGGUGUAGCUUUUUAUGUGUUCCGGUGUGCAACAUUUUAAAGGUCAGCCAACGGGUGCUUCAUUUUGACAAUUUAUGUUUAAUGUGAUCAAUUUUUGACUUUGUCUCUUUACUUCGUAGUACAAUGUGCCAUUUUCGCGACAAUGCAAUCAAUUUAAUGGGAGCUUAAGUUGUGGACCAAUUCCUGUAGUUUAUCGAGACCAUCCAAUAUAAAUUAAAAAUGAUAAUUUAACGAAGAAGUAUCCCAAAAGCGAUAAAUUCCACUGUAGCGUCACAACAAUACACAACCAGAAUGGAAUCGUAAGUCACACUCCAGACCUAUCGAUUCUUCCGCUAUGCUACAGUGUACAGUAAAACAGUAUUGUCCGAUGCCGCCAUAAAACCGUUCAAUUUAGCAUCCAGUUCGAGCUAUCUUAUCGGUAUGCUCUUUAGCGUCGUAAUCACGCCCAUCCCCCCGGUCUCUCCCCCUUGGUAAGUUACGCCAGAUCCUUGGAUCGAUGUGAAAAUAACAAAAGUUUAAUAAUGUCGUUAUCAUUAUCAUCCAUCCGCUUUGGUGCAGAAAAUAGAUGUGCGGGCCUCCAUCACCGGCUCUGGCGACUGGCGGUGCCUUCCAUCUGUCAGUGUCAGUGCAACCGUCGUACCGUGCGGAGCAGGGAAAUAAAAGGCAGGGAUGACGUUUUACCGACCAUUGGUCACCGUCGGUUUGGUGGUGGUUUUCGUGUGUGGUUUGCAGGCGGUGGACGAUAAGGACUGGUACCAGCAUGCCACGUUCUAUCAGAUCUAUCCUCGCUCGUUUCAAGACAGCAACGGCGAUGGUAUAGGCGAUCUGAAGGGCAUCACCUCGAGGGUCGAGUAUCUGGCCGGAUUGGGCAUCGAUGCGACCUGGCUAAGCCCUCCGUUCGUGUCGCCGUUGGCCGAUUUUGGGUACGAUGUGGCCGAUUUCUACAACAUCCAGCCGGAGUAUGGUACGAUGGACGAUAUGGAGGAGUUGAUUGCGGAGGCGCACCGUCACGGUAUCAAGCUGAUGCUGGACUUUAUACCGAACCACAGUAGUGACGAGCACGAGUGGUUCGUGCAGUCUGCUACCGGUAACGUCAAGUACCGUGAUUACUACAUCUGGCGUCCAGGUAAGGUGAACGCUGUGACGGGAGCGCUAGAGCCACCGAACAAUUGGGUAUCGGUGUUCGGUGGACCGGCCUGGACGUACGAUGCAAGGCGCGGUGAGUUCUACCUGCAUCAGUUUACGAAGAAGCAGGCCGAUCUGAACUACCGCAAUCCGGCUGUGGUGGAGGAGAUGACCAACAUGCUCACGUUCUGGCUGGAGAAGGGUGUGGAUGGGUUCCGACUGGACGCCAUCAAUCAUAUGUUUGAGGAUCCUGAGCUGCGUGAUGAGCCUCCGGGAUGGGGUGCGCCGGGCUCCUACGAUGAGCUGGAUCACAUCUACACCAAAGAUAACCCGGACACGUACAAUGUGGUGUACGGGUGGCGAGAGCUGUGCGAAGAGUAUGGGCGGCGUGUCAACAAAACGAUCAUCAUUAUGACGGAGGCGUACGCGUCGAUUGAGAACACGAUGCUUUAUUACGAGGAUGCGGCCGGCACACGGCAGGGUGCCCACAUGCCCUUUAACUUCCAGCUGAUCUAUGACUUCCGGCACGAUCAGAACGCGAUCGGGUUGAAGCAGUCGAUCGAUUUUUGGUUGAACCAUAUGCCCGCUCGGCACACGCCUAGCUGGGUGGCAGGCUCGCACGAUCAUUCGCGAGUUGCUACACGUGUUGGGCUGGUUCACGUUGAUCAGAUUCUGACGGUCGUCCACACGCUGCCGGGAACGAGCAUCACAUACUAUGGCGAAGAGAUUGGCAUGUUUGACUACAAGGAAGCGGAAACGUAUGACAACCGAGACCCCAACCGUACACCGAUGCAGUGGGACAAUACGGUGUCGGCCGGGUUCAGCAGUAAUCGCACCACCUGGCUACGGCUUCAUCCCGACUAUCCGACGCGCAACGUAAUGAUACAGGAGGCGGCCGACAAGAGUACGCUGAAACAUUUCCGCAAACUGACGGCACUGCGGCGCCAUCCAACGUUGGUGCAUGGCGAGUUUGUACACCGGACCGUGGGCCGUGAUGUGUACGCAUUUAGCCGAGAGCUUCACGGUGAGGAUACGCUGGUCACCGUGAUAAAUAUGGCAGACGGUAGCCGAACGGUCGAUUUGGGAGACUUUGUGAACCUGCCGGACCGUGUGAAGGUGGAGAUAGCGCAACCGAACUCUAACUACGAAGAUGGGGAUGAGGUUGAUAUACACAAAGUGACCCUGACGAACUAUGAUUCUGUUGUGUUGCGUGCAGUUGUUUCGGGAGCGACUGGACUCAAGCUUUCGAUGGUAGCUGUUCUGUUGGCAGCUAUUAAGCACUUGUUUUAGAGCAAUUUUAACAGUUACCCGUUUAAAUUUCUAAUAAACGCAGCUUGUUAUUAAUUUCCACAA